AUGGGGAACUCCUGGAGCGGUGUAGAAAGGGAGAACUUGGCUUUGCUAUUUACUAGUGCAGUGGUCUUGCGAAAGUCGCAUAACCUUUCAGAGCCUCAGUUUCCUUCUCUGUAAAAUGAAAAUAACGAUACCUGUUUUUGCAAGGUCGCUCACUGUUUUGAGGGAGUAAGCCUGGUUUGUGUCUCAGCAUGUCAAUAGUAACAGUGCAGCUUGGUCAGUGUGGCAAUCAGAUUGGUUUUGAAGUGUUUGAUGCUUUAUUUAGUGACUCAUACUGUCCCCAGGGACUCUGCUCUAAAAGGGAGAAUGAGGCAUAUCAAGCAUCUUGCAAAGAAAGAUUCUUCAGUGAGGAGGAAAAUGGAGUUCCAAUUGCUCGUGCUGUACUUGUUGACAUGGAACCUAAAGUUAUCAAUCAAACACUGUCAAAGGCUGCCCACUCUGGCCGAUGGAAAUAUGGCCAGCAUUCAUGCUUCUGUCAAAAACAAGGUUCUGGAAACAACUGGGCAUAUGGAUACUCUGUUCAUGGACCCAGGCAUGAAGAAUCUAUAAUGAACCUAAUCCAGAAGGAAGUGGAGAAAUGUGAUUCCUUGAAUGGUUUUCUCAUCAUCAUGAGUAUGGCCGGAGGCACAGGAUCGGGGCUAGGAGCCUUCGUUACACAGAACUUACAAGAUCAGUACUCAAACUCUUUGAAAAUGAAUCAGAUUAUACGGCCUUAUGGAACUGGUGAGGUUAUUGUUCAGAACUACAACUCCAUUUUGACACUUUCUCACUUGUACCGAUCUUCAGAUGCCCUCCUUAUUCAUGAGAAUGAUGCUGUUCAUAAGAUCUGUGCGAAACUGAUGAAUAUCAAGCAGAUCUCCUUCCGUGAUAUAAACCAAGUCCUCGCACAUCAGCUGGGAAGUGUGUUCCAGCCUACUUACUCUGGGGAAGGCUCAUUUCACUACAGAAGAAAUCCACUAGGAGACUUAAUGGAGAAUUUAGUUCCCCAUCCAGAAUUCAAGAUGCUGGGUGUUCGUAACAUUCCUCAAAUGUCUGAGAAUUCACUGGCAUACAGCACAUUUACUUGGGCUGGCCUCCUCAAGCAUUUGAGACAGAUGCUCAUUUCUAAUGCAAAAAUGGAAGAAGGUAUUGAUUGGCAGGUACGGCCUCCUUUAUCAGGACUUCCUACGCUUGGUAAAAUGUCUCUCAACAAGGAGUUUCAUUUUAACACUUCCAUUGCUAACUUGGUCAUCCUUCGUGGGAAAGAUGUACAUAGUGCGGAGCUGGGAGCAUUUAAAGAUCCAGCUCUCUAUACUUCCUGGUUAGAGCCUGUUCAUGCUUUCAGUGUGUGGAAAACCCAGCGAGCCUUUAGCAAAUAUGAGAAGUCUGCAGCGUUGGUCAGCAAUAGCCAGUUCUUAGUAAAACCACUUGAUAUGAUUGUGGGCAAAGCAUGGAAUAUGUUUGCUUCAAAAGCCUACAUUCAUCAGUACACAAAAUUUGGAAUUGAAGAAGAGGAUUUUUUGGACAGUUUCACAUUGUUAGAACAGGUUAUUGCUAGUUACUGCAACCUCGGAUUUUGAACAAAGGGGGAAAAUUACCUUAAGUCAUCUUUGGACUAAAAUACUUGGAAUACUACUUUCUCCGUAAGGUUUUUCAAAUUCCUAUCUGCUAAUGUAACAAGGUUGAAUGCUGAUUCCUUCUUCAUACUAUAGCCACAGAAAAGGAGAAAAACCUUUCAUGUUUUCAAUGAAAACAUCUACUUGAAAUUUUCCUUUGUGAGAAAAAAUAUUGGUACUUCUUUAAAGAACUUUGGGAAUACUUUGCUGAGAUGUUAGAACUCUAGAACUAUCAGAAAGGGAAACUUCCCUCUUUAUUCCAAAAAGCAUUCACUAAAUAUGAGCUAAACUUUCAUAGCACAAUUUUAAGCUAAGAAAUUGCAAUUCCCUAUUUAAAUAUAUUCAUCUUUGAAGUGAAUGUUUUGAACCAUAAGAGGGAGCUGUUGUCAAAAGCUACAGGGUGAACAUCUAUUUUUGAAUAUUUUAUUCUAAAACGGUAAGAUUUUCCACUUUAAGCAGCUAUUUAAAAAUAAAUGUCAGGACUUUGUUAAUAAAUGUGUA